AUGACGGCUGUACAGAGUCUGAAUACUCUCCCUUUUGAUGUAUUUUACCAGAUUGCAACCUCGCUGGACGACCGUGAUUUCGUCAACCUCAGUCACACCAGUCGUGCUCUCUAUUCUCUAUCGCAAAGCGAGCAGAUUGCCCGCAAAACCGUCGAGAAUGCUUUACGCCACAGCAAAGAAGGUCAGGCUGCCCUGGCGGCCCAGUCAGGUUUUCGCAAGGCUGUCGGGCAUCGGCUCGCUAUCCACGAGGCUGUCGCCACGGCAGAUCCGUACUCAGUGGUCUGCGUAGGCUAUGGGGCAGAAUUUCUUUACAACCAAGGCUACUUAUGUUAUCGUUCCGACCAUUGGAUUCGUUUGCUCUAUGUGCAUGGUACUACCUUCAGGGAGCGUGUCAUGGACCUCCGCGAUGCGAUCCCUCGACUGCUGGAAACCGGUCCCGUGGAGCCAGGUGCAGAAGAUCGGGUUACGCUCUUGAGUUACAGCGAUGAUAUUCUCGUGUUCCGAGUGGCCGAAGUGAACGCGACCGAGGAUGCGUUGCUCGUAGUCAACAUGGCGUGGCGGGAAACCCACCAGGGACGGAGGCGUUUCCUGCUGCGCGAGGAAAUCCCAGCAUCCGCACCAAUUUUUGUGCGACACUGUGGAACCUACAUUUGGUACGGCACAUUUACCGCUGCCGAUGGUUCGGAUGGUGUGUGGUCUAUCACUGGUGUUGAUCUCCAAUCGUAUGAAUGUAUUGAGUUCCCGCUCGACCGAGUGGUCGAUGGCGAUCUUGGCCAAACACUGUGUUUUGAGAUGCAUGAUGAACAUCUCUAUGCAGUUUCGACGCAGGUUGCCGCAGAUGAUGACGAAGUACAUUCCUCUUUCUACCAUUGGUUCUGUCACGCCCCUCGCGAAGAAGGCCGCAAAUGGAACGGUCGCUUGUGGCGCCGAGAGCAUCAAGAAGGCCCGAUCAAUGAGAUGUGGACUGAUCUUUCAAUCCGUAAGGACGAGACGACUGGCCGGCCAGUCAUACUUGAAUGCCGCCGUGAGUGGCGCGACGGCAAAAGCGAAAACCACCGUACAUACUACACACAGCGACUUCCCACACCAGAAGAAGCUCUAGCGCCUCUUUCAGGAGGCACCGUCGAAACUCCAUCCUGGGUGUCUACGGAUGAUAAUGUUGAGAACGACCACCCCUACGAUGAGCGACCUGCAAAGAGGUUGCGGCGGCAUUAUCAUGCCGAGUACGAGUCUGGCUCUACCAAGCGGCAAGAGUUCAUCGCAGCUCGCACCAAACACAGGAGUUACCAUCUCGGUGCAUCUACCUUUGUCGACCUCGUUAACGACCCAGCCGGUGAUAACCUGCGGUCUCGAGAUCGGAUCCGGUUGCGUACGGUGUCGCGCAAGCGCAAAUGUCCCAUUGACGAGGAGGGAAUUGAGGGACCUCGCAACCGACUGUUCCAGCCCACCCAGGUGGACCAAGAUGGCUGUCCUGUUGAAGGUUCAGAGGAACGCUUCGAGUGUCGUGGCGUGCGGAUGUGGCCUCCAGAAGACGCACCGCCUGCAUUACAACAACUGCUCUGCCCAGGCCCGCGUACUGGAUCUGUGAAAAGCAUUGCAGACGAACGCUCAAUCAUUUAUUCAAUUGACGCCCCUGGUCUUCCCCCUAACCAACAAGCUCUUAUCCUCAUUAGCUUUGAUCCUCACUUUCAAAUUCCUAUUACGACGCCUCUUCCCACUCCUACCUCUCGUGCAGAUCACCAUGAUCCCGGGGAACUAUUCCCAAGGACGCUGAAGCCACCACCUCCGUAUUUUCCUUCGCCCAACCUGGUGGAAGAAGCACCGCCUCUCUACAUGGGUAUUAAACGCGGGUACUAUCUGCGUGGGAUAAGGGAUCGAUUUUGGAAGGGCCUUGCAUAA